AUGAUCCGCCGACAAGCCCGCGAACGGCGCGACUACCUCUACCGCCGUGCCAUCCAACUUCGCGACGCCAGCAUCGCCGAAAAGCGCAACCUUAUGAAAAAGUCCCUAGCCACAGGCAAACCACUCGAUCCCACUAUCGCAAACGACAAAUCCCUCCGCAAAGACUAUAAAUACGACGAAUCCCUCGAUGCCGAGACAGCCGAAGCCCAAGCCAGCCUCGACGACGAAUACAGCAUGCUCUCCGGCCUCGCAGACCCACGACCCCUCGUAACCACCUCCCGCUCGCCCAGCACACGACUCGCCGCCUUCUCAAAAGAAAUCCGUCUCGUCCUCCCCACAGCAAUACGCCUAAACAGAGGAAACACAAUUCUGCCCAAUCUCCUCAGCAGUGCGAAAGCCGCCGCUCUGACGGAUAUUAUCUUAUUACAUGAACACAGGGGAACACCCACCGCCAUGACAAUAAGCCACCUCCCACACGGCCCAACCGCAAAAUUCAGCCUCCACAACGUCGUCCUGCGCGCCGAUAUCCCCAACGCCUCGCGCGGAACCGUCUCAGAAUCCUAUCCCCAUCUCGUCUUCGAAGGCUUCACGACAAAGCUAGGAAAGCGUGUAGUACAGAUCCUAAAACACCUCUUCCCGCCACGAGACGGCCCGCAUAAGGUCGGGAACCGGGUCGUUACAUUCAGAAAUAUCGAGGAUAGCAUUGAAGUAAGGCAUCAUGUCUUUGUGCAGACGGGGUAUAGGGACGUGGAACUCGCGGAGGUUGGGCCGAGGAUGACGAUGAGGUGUUUUGAGAUCAAGGGCGGGACGCUGGAGAAGGAUAGUGGUGGUGAGGUUGAGUGGGCGCUUACGCAGUUUACGAGGACUGGGAGGAAGAAGGAUUAUCUCUGA